GUACCUAACACUGCAAGCGAUCAGAAUUACCUGCAACAUCUUGCCGUUGCGUUAUCACCGACCUCCUCGAACCGGCCGAUCACUCAGAUCAUGUCCUCCAAGUUCAACCAUGCCCACAAUUUCCUCGCUGUUCUCGUCUCUGCAGCUGAGCCCAGACCGACCAUCACAGGAUCGGCCAGCUUCUCACAACACAUUGCCAUUGCAGACUCGACGGGCUGGCUGAAGAUUAUGCUGUUCGCAUCCGAUCCCCGCCAUCUUCUACCUGAUGUGACCCCUGGAACGAUUGUGCUUCUUCAAAACAUCCAGAUCAAGCACUGGGCUGGCUCUACCGAAGAUGGCAAGCAGGGCGCUGGCAACGAGGGCUCCUGGUCGUGGGCAGGCCUCCCACCAAAGGAUGGUCCGACCGUAUUGCCAGUCGCCGGGACGCUUUUCCCAAAACUGCGCGAGAAGGAGCUUCGCGAGAUGCUAGCUAUGAGCGACUGGUACCAUCGCCGCGGAGGUAAAGCGGAGUUGACAGCCAGGUUUCCCAAGGCGAAGCUACGUCCGCUGAAGCGACUGUGUGACGUUGGCGGGGAGAACGAGUUCUUUGACAUGAUUGGCGAAGUACUUGCUGUCUACCCUCCCGAGAGCGGCAAUGGUGCAGAUGCGCCGGUCAACAAGCCAGCAGACGUCUUCAUCACGGAUUACACAUCACACCCCGAGACUCGGGCGGCCUUUGAUCAACAUCUUGGGUAUGAGGAGUCUGAGUACGAGGCACGCUUCGCAGACGGUCCAGGGGGCGGCAUGGUCUUCCGCAUCGCCUUGUGGGGCAGACAGAUCGUGGCAGUACACGGCUUGCAUGUGGGACAGUACGUCCACAUUCAGAACAUCAAGAGCAAGUGGAACGCCGACUAUGGCAUCAGCGGCGCUGUCGGCUCUCGGGACGAUCUCAAUCUGAAAGUCAAGGACGCGAGCGAGCAUCCUCACCUUCCCCAGCUCAUCGAGUGAGUGACAACAGGCCAAUCAUCGAUAUUGACACACACACUGACAUCAAUCCGCCCCCUCGUCUCACACAGGCGCAAGAACGCAUGGGUCGCAGAGCGAGAGGCAGUCCUUGCGCAUCGGCGAGCAGAAGAGGAGGAGAACGAAAUGGCGUGGCGAGAAGCACACGACGAUAUACCCGCAAAUCGAAGCGCCGCUCCAACUCAGCGAAUGACUGGCUCUCUAGGGAGGGACGUGCAAGAGCCCACUGAGGAAGAGACGGCAAUCACCGCUGCUCAGGGCGGUACAGAAGAGCAAAAGCCAGACGAGGACAGCGAAGCUCGCCCCGAGGCUCGAGAGGCGGAUGUUCAAGGAAAUGCGCAGGAGCCAGAUUCAGCACCACAAAGCCAGGAGCAAG